AUGAGUGAUCUGAGCCUUGAAACUGAGCAUCACAUCGAGAGGGAUGCGAUUGGAGGUGCCAUGUCAGUGAAACUGGUUAGCUGGUCUGAGCCUUUGAAGAUUACGGCCAACCAUCCAGACGUGGUCGAACGGAAUGCCAGGUACCUCGGACGGUUGUACCAUGAGGCCAAAGUCAAGGAACCACCCGUCAUGGAGUGGACCUUCUGGGCCAGUGCGAUGCAAGCAUACACAGGUGACAAAGAGACAUUGUUUUCACAUGUUGUAUGCAUGGAAUCCAAGCAACAUAUGUUUUGGAUUCACUACCUCCGGGAGCCCUUCAGCACUAAGGCCGGAGAUUCUGCAGUGCAUCGGCAUACACUGCAUUUCGGGCACGGCACAAACACUGCAGGGGUCGAGGGGAUCAUGAACAGUUGCUAUCUUGCCCCAGCAACGAUUGCUGACGGGGCAGGUGCUGUAGGACACUACAGCCAAGCUUCACCAUGGGGAGAUUCCGAGAGUCUGAAGCAGGUCCUCGACCGAGUUGUGCAGUCAGGCAAAUGGCAGUGUCCUUUGAUGGUUCAUGGAUUUGUGAUGACACCUGCCGGACACCAUGUCAUGGAAUCAGGAGGCGGAACUGAGGCUCAGCAAGCUUGUGUGAUCCAUGCAGCAGUCCACUUCAAACGAGACAAGAAGAACCGCAUCAAUGGCACGACAGGGACGGAGGAACGAUUCUCGAUCGCGCAGCCGCAACCGAGGGCGGCCAGUGUACCGCAGAGAGCGCAGUCCAGCCCCACCCAGUACGACACCAAUCGGGAAUACGGCUUGAACUUACCUCGUCAGGUGGUCUCCAACAAAUUCACUCGCGAUCUGCAGAUUGAUGGGAUGGACAUUAGUAAAACUCAUAGGCAAUCUCUGGCAAUUUGGUUCCCGUACUGGAUGCUUAUGUGCGGUUGGUUUGAUCAGCUGGUGGGUCAAAGUGACAACAGCCGCCACACAGUCUGGGAAUCGUUUAAGUCCAGACAAGAGGCCAUUACCGCAGGGACCUUGAUGCGAGCUUUGAGGGGUGAGAACUCGACUCACUACAGUGGCGCGGAUCUCAAUUCCACCCUGACUCACAUGACCAAGAACAUGUUCCCAGGGCAGGACCCAUACCUGUGGCACAACCGGUACAUGGCUAUCAAGGAACUUGCCAAAGAACUCGCUAAGGUGGUGGCACAAAAAGGACCUUCAGCAGCGAGUCAGUCCAUGUUGCAGCAGAUUCAAGAGCUUCAGAGAGAGAAUGCAAGGCUGAAGAGUGGGAGAGCUCCCGCACACAGUUCGACCAUCCCGGCUAGCCCAGCUCACGACGAAAUAGUCUCGGCAGCGAUUCGCUUUGGCUUAGAUGCCAAACUGGCAUCCCGCCUCUCGCUGAAGAACCUCUCAGCCACUAUAGCUGUGGCACAGUUUGAGGCAGCCUGA